AUGCUGCCAACGUGGACAACAGUCCAGCGACUACAGAGGAAGCGUAUUGUAGAAGACACUGAAAGAUCAGCAUGUAUCUGGGUGUCGAUGAGCGAAGCCCACGUUAAAAAGAUCGGCGAAGGCGACAACACGCACCUUAUUCGAGCCCACCGGGGGUUUGGUGCUCACGACAGUUUUCACCAACGAGAUGGAGAAAUGGGUGGAUUGAAGGAUAACGAGUGGAUUUUCCACCGAAGCAAUGAUCCGAAUUCGGCACAAUUGACCAGAUCAAGUAUGGGAAUCAUUGUAACACUUGUCAUUUGUCCCAAUGGUGGCAAGGACUCCGGUUACUGUUUAACAUUUGUGGUUUGA